AUGCCAUACGAAUAUGACCCCGAAUACCACAAGGCCAUCGAGCCAAUGUUGCCCGCCAUGGCUGCGGCACCAAAACACCCGCCUUACGACGUCGCCUCGCGUCGAAACGGGAUCGACGGCAUGUGGGAGGGACUGAUGCAGAGGUGGCCCGUGGUCGAGGACGUCGAGGAGACCAUCUUCAAGGUUCCAUCCUUUGACGGCGUCGAGAUCAACGUGCACCGCUUCGCAAAGAAAGGCGGCACAUCGCCACCAUCUACAACAACCAGCAGGGGCUCGCCGGCUGUCGUGUACACCCACGGCGGAGGCUUCUUCUGCCUCAGCGUGCCCUUGUACCGGAAGAUGAUCCAGAGCUACGUGACGCAGGGCGGCAUCCCGUUCUUCGCGGUCGAGUACCGUUCGCCGCCCGAGUUCCCCUUCCCCGCGCCCAUCGAGGACUGCUACGCGGCGCUCAAGUGGGUUCACUCCAACGGCGCGGGCGCGGACCUAGGCGUCGACCCUGCUCGGAUAGCCAUCAUGGGCGACUCCGCGGGCGGGGGACUAGCCGCCGGGGUGGCCAUCAUGGCUCGAGACAGGAACCUCAACCCGCCUCUGGCCAAGCAGGUGCUCGUCAAUGGCAUGCUCGACGACCGGAACAAGGCGCGCUACGAAAGCGCCAAGGACUUGCACACCUGGACGCCCGACGAUAACCUCACGGGCUGGGCCGCGUACCUGGGUCGAGAGAAGGCCGGCAAGCCCGACGCCGACGUCUCGCCCUGGGCCGCCCCGUCACGAGUUGCGUCCGUAGCAGGUUUACCGCCAGUGUACAUCGACGUACCGGACCUGGACAUCUUCCGGGAUGAGAACAUCAAGUACGCGGCACGCCAUGCCGAGGCUGGUAUUCCGCUUGAAAUGCAUAUCUAUCCCGGUCUGCCACACAGUUUUGAGUCGUUUGCACCCAAGAUAUCGACAGCGAAGUCGGCGGUGGCGAAUCGGGUGAAAUUUAUCCACAAGCUUUAA